CUCGUCGAGCAGCACCACGGGCCGGUAUGCGGACGGAGAGUCCGCAGGGCGCCCCGGCUUCCGAAUGAGGACCAGCUUCCCCGUCUUCCAACGAAGCGGGAAUUGGCCUCUCUCCAAGCAUGCGCUUAGGAGCCCCUCCAGUCGGGGCCCGAGAGCCUCCGAGGCCAGGACCCAGGCUUUGCCAGGCAAGCCAUCGGGUCCUGGGGCGGUAUUCCUGGCCUUAAGCCUACGUACCGCCACUCUCAGGUCUACCCCGGUCCCUUCCGGGAUGCCGUCGUCGUCGUCCUGGUGGUCCGCUUCCGGCACCGCAGGUGGCGGAGCCAUAGGCGGGGGCGGAUGUUCCCCUCGCGCAGGAAACAGAGCGCUCACCACGUCCUCCACGAGCUGAGGCCGGAGACUCUGCGUCAGCGGGGGGGCCCAGGUGCGGAGUUUAUCCCGCACCAUCUUGUAAGGGCGCCCCCACGGAUCUCUGUCGAGAGUCUCCAGCAUCUCCUCAUGGGCCCGAUCCCGGGCCCGCAUGACAGCCUCCCGGAGGGCGGUCUUCGCCGCUCUGUAUCCCUCGUACAGCUCCGCCUCAAUGGCUGCCGCAUUCGGUGGACGAAUGCGGAGCCUGCGAUGCCUGGCGUACAGGUGCCGCGCGGCGACACACGCCUCGCGCAGAGACGUCAGCUCACGCGACCACCAAUACACCUGGCGCCGGGCGCUUCCUGGCCGGACGCGGGGCAUUGCCACGUCACAUAUCUCGGACAUGGCCUCCUGGAACCACCCUGCCUCAUCAUUGACGUCGGCAGGCCUAUCCGGUGAUGACACCCAGGCCUGCACGAUCGAGGCUUCCAGGAGGAGCUCCCGGUCCAGCUGCUUCAGCGCCCAACGCGGACCACUCGGGGCCUGUUGGACUGGCGCGCUCGAGGGCUGGGUGGAGACGUCAAACCGGAUGUACCGGUGGUCGGAGUAGGUCUCCACCCCCUCCAUGACUCGCCAGUCAAUGGCACGCGGCGACAGAGCGGGGCUAGCGAACGAAAUGUCCACCACCGACUCGCCCCGCAUCCGCACACACGUGGGGACAGAACCCCGAUUUAGGACGACCAGGCCUGUCUCCAGAGCCCAGUCUUCCACCAUCCUACCCCGCACAUCUGUACGACGAGAACCCCAAGCCAAGUUCUUGGCAUUGAAGUCCCCGAGGACAAGCACGGGGAGGGGAUAGCUUCCGACGACGACUGCUCUCAGCUCUGCAAGAGAGUUGUGGAACUCGGCGAGAGAUCGGUUCGGGGAGAAGUACACCCCCACAACGACGAACUCCCCGAACCGUGCUGCUACGCACCCCUGACCCCUCCUCACACCUUCAAGGGUCGGGGUACCGGCGGCGGCCGAAGAAAUGAUGGCCACUGAGCCGUUAAGGUCCGCCACCCAGUCCUUCCUAGGCCAGACAGAAUACGGCUCAGCGACCACAGCGAUGUUAAUCGACCACUGCGCCAUGCUCUGGAGCAACAGAUCCUGAGCGCAGGCGCAGUGGUUGAUAUUCGCCUGGAGGAAGCUUAAUGGGGCCGUUAUAGGCAUUCCAUUUCAGCUUCCUCCACGGGGCGCCCCUCUGCAGGCGUCGGUGUCGCGGCGGCGGCGGCGGCGACAGUGACAGCGGCGGCGGCGGCAGUUGCAGCUGCGGCGGUGGCCAUAGAGGCGGUGGCGGCGGAGGAGGGCCCUCCCCUACCCGCGGCCUUGGCCUUGGCGGGUGACAUGCAGGCCCUGCUUCCGGCCCAGUGAUCGGCUGGCGUUGCCACCCCUGAGAACUAAAUUGGAAUGUCUCGUUUCCAGUGAAAAGAGGUCUCCGGUUCUUUACACUCUAUGAGAUUCUGUGAGCAGCACUGGGAAAAGUACGCGCUUUUCCCAGUACAGCCGACCUUUUCGUGUACAACCAUAAUAUAGUUGCAGUGGGGCUCUACCACGUUGUCUUUUAUUAUAUAUGUAUUUUUACUAAAAAAAGAAAGAAACUCUUCUUCUUAUUUUAAAUUAUGGCUUCUCUUUUAAUUCAAAGAAAUACUUUAUUUUGGCACACAUCAUUGACGUGCACACCAAAGAGAAUAUAAUCACUACGUUUUGUGUAUGUGUAGUGUGUAGUGUGUACUACACAUUCAAUUUUGUACGUCAAUGAAAUGCCAAUAAAGGCCAUCACUCAGCACUAGAGUAAUUGUGUUCUGUGCUCAGCACGAUUUGUGGCGAAACCAUUACACUGAUUGUCAGUAAUAACCAAAAAAACCUGAGAGAAUACAACCUCGAGAAUAAAUAAAGUAAUGGCAUACAUUUAUUAGAGCAUUACCUUUUCGCUUUCGCUCUGAUGCGUGGAAUAAAAAGUACUAAUCUUACCUAUAAAACUCCUACAAAUGUUCGUUCACUUUUUCAUUUGCAAGUUGUACUUUUUUACAGUUUGAGUUAUAAUUUUCCAUACACCUGACGUAUAUGUAAUUGUAAACAGGAGGCGUCAACAUGCGUGGAGAUCAGAAGUGGCCUCCUCAAUCCGUGAAAGAAGCCGUUGCGGCUGAAAAUGAGGCUAGAAUGAUGCUUGCUAAAGGGCCAGCUUGCAGACCACGCAAGGUAAACAAGGACUACUCUGGAUUCUUUGCGAAGCAUGCCCUCAACAACAACUACCCUGGAUACCGCGCUCCGCCCGGCACUCAGCACUAUGAGGACCAUUCUGGCCGAUCAUCUUACUAAAUUAGAAACUUAGUUUUUACUAAUAAGUGCGUCUGGUCAUAACAAUGUUCAAAAUUUUCUAUCAAUUCACUUAUUAAGUACAUAAAUCAUUUUAAAAUUGUAAACCACUUUAAUAUUCCAAAGGAUCAUAUUAAACUACAUGUCGUUAAUAACUUCUGUGCAAUAUAGUGUCUUAUUAGGUUUUAGUCCGGGGGUGAAUGUGCGAAAGUUAUUAAUGACAGUCAGCUUAAUUCAUUCAAAAAGAUAAUAUUUAUCCACUGUUAGACAUCAGGGUAGGAGUAGUAUAGUAUACUCCAGAGUAAGUACUUGUAUAGACUUUAGGUGAUAAAGUCUUAGAGCAUGUACUGCGGGAUAAUCAGUACUUAAUGUUAGGUUUAAUUUAUUUUACACGGUAAUCACUUCGUAGUUUUUAAGUAUUAUAAUAUUAAAAAAUAAUAAAAAUAUAAAUUAUGCUCUAAACCUUCAUAUUAUCAUUAUAAAAUAUGUUUAGAAAACAUCUUCACCACAUUACGAAAUGCUCGUGUUUAAUGUGCGGCCUCAAUUUGCGAACAUGUCGACUGCUUUAUAACGCUUUCAAAAUUUUUGUAUAUAAAUAAUGCUCAAUCGCCUGUAUAGUAAAAUUCAAUGUAAGAGCAUUGAUAAGAAUAUUUUAAAUACAAAUUCAACCUAAACACACUUUAACAAAAUAAAUAUGGAAAAACUUAAAUUUAUAUUUAACAUUAAUUGGCUAAGUUAAAAUAUAUUUACCUAGUCACGAAGAGAAUUCAUAUAUUUUGUAUAUAAAACGUUGACUUUUUAUAUUUCAUUAUGUAAUUUACAUUCUAAUGAUGAAAUAAAAUAUAUACACG